CUGACGAUCCAGACCUGAGCAAUCAUAUCGUAGAUAUUUUUCAACAUGAAGGCUUGAAUCUCGGUCCUUACACAUUAUAGAAGCCAAAAUAAUACUUAAAGGACACAUGAACAAGUGAACAAAAUGUCUGGCAAAGGAUCAAAAGCAAGUUCACGAGCUGGAUCUAAGGCAGGAUCCAAGCCUGGAUCCAAGACUGUCACUCCUCGCAGUUCCAAAGCAAGCACGCCUAAAGGCUCCAAGAGCAACACACCUCUGCCAGUAGACUCUGUGUCCGGGGCAGUCAAUGGGAGCCAGGAUCUCGAUGCUGGAGCCACAGAUGGGGCUCUAGAACCAGUUGAAGCAGGUGAAGCAGCAAAUGGAAGUCUUGUUGCCGUAGACGACAAUGGGGAGCUUGCUGUCAGUCUUCACGAAGCCGAGACGGAUCAAAGAAGUGUUGUGGAGAUGAUCAAGGACCGCAUCAGCAUCUGCAACUGGAAAGAAGAUUGGUGGACUGAGACCCAUGAUGCAUCACUACAGAAGUUCAUCGAGGAUCCUGGUACAAAGUUCCUGGUUGCUUACCAUGAUCACCUCAAAGGAUUCUGCAUGGAGCACAGUCUGCCAGCUUUCAGUGUGGAACAAUUGACAUAUUUCAUCAAAACUGGCCCCGUGAAGGAGCUGAACUCUGACAAUUUGUUAAAGAAUGUGCAAUACGGAACAGUGAAAGGGGCUCACAUAGAAAGUCUUCUCCGACUGAUGAUGGGAAUAUACGCCCCCAUCUUCUUCGAGAACACUUCCUGGCCGGACAGUAUUAAGAACGAUUUCUCGGCCCAACUGCACAAGUUCCUGGCCAACCUGACAGACACACGGUGGAAGCUUGAGGGGAAGACUGUCCUGUACAUUCCCACAGAGGGGAUGCGGAUCCCUCCUGACGUGGCGGCCAAGAACAAGGAGCUGGUCCAGAGGCUGGAGACGGCAAUGAUUCACUGGGCGAGACAGAUCAAGGAAGUCCUCAGUACCCAGGAUGCCUUUGAGAUGGCGGAGAACUCCGGCCCACUGGAAGAGAUCGAGUUCUGGAAGAACAGGUGUGCCGAUCUGUCUGGCAUAAGUAGUCAGUUGGAUAAACCAGGAGUCAAGAGGAUCACCCAGGUCCUCGAGCUAGCCAAGUCUUCCUAUGUGUCCUCCUUUCUUAAACUCUCCAGCCAGAUUAAGGAAGGAUCCAGACAAGCUGAGAGUAACCUGAAGUUCCUGAUGGUGCUGAAAGACCCCUGCCAUGAGCUGACCGACGCCAAACCCAAGGACAUCCCAGUGCUGCUUCCCAAGAUCCUCAACCUCAUCCGCAUGAUCUGGGUCAACUCGGAGUUCUACAAGACCAGGGAGCGACUGACCGGCAUACUCAAGAAGAUGAGCAAUGAGAUCAUCCGUCGCUGCUGUCGGGACAUCAACCUGGACAAGAUCUUCGACGGCUACGUCCAGUCUGGGAAGAAGACCCUGAAGGACUGCAUCAAGUGUUGUGAGGAGUGGAAGGAGAUCUACGACCGGACGGCCAAGUUGCACCACAAGUUCUCCCCCUCGGGCUGGGUUCUGGACAAGAGCAGCAUCUUUGCCCAGAUUGAUGCUUUCAUACAGAGAUGCAAGGAUCUCCUUGAGGUUUGUGAGGCUCAGAUCCACUUUGCCCGUAUGGAGGAUGGGAAUCGAACAGAGAUGCCGUACUUCGGAGGUCAGAAGGGGCCGGAGAUCACAAGAGGUCUGCUGGAGAUAGAGGCACAGUUUGGUAAAAAUCUCAACAUCCUCCGUUCUGUGAAGAAGACAAUUCUGGAUGUGAAGGCUACAUCAUGGCAUGAUGACUACAACAGGUUCCGGGCUGGUGUGAAGGAUUUGGAGGUGAUGAUGCAGAACGUGAUCUCAUCAGCUUUCGACACAGUGACAACAGUGGAACAGGGCAUAGAGCUGUUGGACGUCUUCAUGCAUCUUUCCACAAGAGAGGCCAUCCGUCGCACCAUUGACAAGAAGACUGUGGAGGUGUACACGCUGUUUAAUGAGGAACUCAACUCUGUGAAAAAAGAGCUCUCACAGAAGGGGCUUGCUCCUCUAACUCCGUCACACCCUAAAUUCUCUGGGAUGGCGCACUGGGCUCGCCUGCUCAAAAAGAGAAUUGAGAGGGGUAUGAUGAUGCUGGACAGAGCUCACUUCCUGCCCCAAAUCGGGUCAGGGGAAGAGGUCAGAGGUCAGUACCAACAGCUGUGUAUUGCACUGGAUGACUUCAUUCGCAAGACCUUCUAUGAAUGGACCCAGACAGUGGACAAGAACCAUGAGCCCCAGAAACAGCUGGAGGCACCGCUGAUGUGUCGCAGUAUGGAGAGACCACCCAUGUUGGACAUCAACUUUAACAGGAACAUGCUGAAGAUGUUCCAGGAGAUCCACUACUGGGAGAGGCUGAUGUUCGAGAUCCCACACUACGCAGCCGAUGUCUACUCCAAGAGGGAAGACCUCCGUAACCUGCGUGAACACGUGCUACUGGUUGUCCGAGACUACAACAGAAUUAUCGCUGCAUUGUCACUGGAGGAGCGAGGAUUGUUCCGGGAGAGGAUCAAAGUGCUAGAUAAGAAGAUCCAUGCCGGACUCACCAAGCUGACAUGGGCCUCGAAGGGGAUAUCGGACUACUUUGUUGGCGAGUGUCGAGUUCAUGCCAGUAAGGUACAGGCAAUAGUGGAUGACUACAAGGGGGCCAACAUGACUGUCUCCGGCCACUGUGUCAAGAUCAGCAAGACUCUACUGGUGAAGAUCGACAGCAGGAAGAUCUAUGAAAAUCUGGAGUUUGAUGAAGAUCAGGCCAGACUGCGAGAGUCUGUACAGAAACAACUCAAGGAGAUCCAUGAGGAGAUUGUAUCCACCAUGAACCAGACGCAUGAUGUCUUCAAACACGACGGAGCAGAGGUUCAGCAACACUGGCACCGCUACACGGAGAAGAUGGACAAGAUGGUGGAGGAGGCAUUCCGUCUCAACGUCAAGUACUCCCUACAGGAACUGUCCAAGGCCAUCAACGGGGAUGGCAAAUCUCAGCCAAAUCCACUCUUCAGGGUCAAGGUCAUUCUGGAACAAGAUAAGGUGGAAUUCUCGCCCACCCUGAAGCAGCUGGCUACUAUCAUGGGGAACAUGUCAUCCCAUCUCACCAAGGCCAUCUCCGGCAUCAAGAGGCUGCCUGAUGCUCUCCGGACUAGGAAGAAGUCCAUGAGAGAGCUGGCUAUAUACGAAGUUAUAGCACAGGAUGACGAGACCAAGAAGAUCCAGACCGUGGUUAACAGCGGUAUGCAGAGUAACGCGUCUCACCUGCAGAACUAUCUGAGCACCUGGGACAACUACAGGGAGAUCUGGGAGAUUCAGAAGGACGCCUUCAUCCGAAGAUACCAGAAACUCAACCCACAGGUGUCUUCGUUUGAUGCAGAUAUUGGCAGAUAUGACGAGGUGGCUAACAAUGUCCAGACACAGGAGACUAUCCUCAACAUCCAGUUCGUCCUCCUGGACUGUUCCCCGCUGAAACAGGCCAUCCUGUCUCACUGUAAAGACUGGCAGAGCAAGUUCACCACCCUCCUCAACGAGAUAGCAUCCAGCAAGCUGAAGGAGCUGUAUACGUUCCUCAAGGACAACAGUGAAAAGGUCAAGCGGCUACCCCAGACAUUGGAUGAACUGGGAGACAGUCUGAAUCUAUGGGAGAAACUCAACAACGACAAACCCGAGAUAGAGGCCAAGUUUGCUCCCCUCAACGACCAGUUCAGCAUUCUGGAGAAGUACGAAGUCACCAUUCAGGAAGAUGUCAUCGAGAUGCACAAGGCUCUCCAUGGGGAAUGGGUGGCUUUCCAGGAAACUCUCAUCGACGCUGAGACAAUGCUUAAGAAACACAAGGAAAAGUUCAAGAGCAGUCUCCUCGCCCAGUCAGAGGAACUGAAGAAACAGGUGGCGAAUCUCCUGGACGAGUUCCAGACCAAGGGACCCUUCACCAGCAACGUGGCAACUCCAUCAGCUCUGGAGACUAUUGAUACAAUCCGCAAGUCUCUCACAGCUCUCAAAGACUCCGAGCAGAAUAUCAGGAAAGGUUUGAACAUCUUCAAGAUUGAUCAACCACCUUCCAAGGAAAUUGCCAAUCUUGAGAAGGAGUUGGAGCAGAUCGAGGCGGUGUGGCAGCUGACCAAGGAGUGGGAGGAGCUAUGGCAGGACUGGAAGGUCGGCAAGUUCACCGAGCUUCAGACAGCAAACAUGGAGACUCUCUCUGUCUCUCUCUACAAGAAGCUCAACAAACACAGCAGAGAGCUCAAGGACAAAAACUGGGAGGUGGUUGAGACUAGCAAGAACAGAGUGGAUCAGUUCAAGAGAACCAUGCCUCUCAUCACUGACCUCAAGAACAAGGCCAUGCGACCCAGGCACUGGACACAGAUCCAGACGGAGAUGCAACGGAGCUUUGAUCAUAAUGCUGAGGACUUUACUUUGGAGAGAAUCAUUGAGUACGGCUUUGACCAGUUCAGCGAACAGAUCAGCGACAUCUCAGGUGCAGCCACCAAAGAAAUGGCCAUUGAACAGGGCUUGGGGGCGAUUGAACAAACGUGGAAUGUGACCGAGCUGGAGAUUGCUCCGUACAAGGACAAGGGUCACUUCAAGCUCAAGUCGACAGAUGAUGUAUUCUUAGCCCUGGAGGAUAACCAAGUUCAGUUGUCAACGAUGAAGGCAUCUCGGUUCGUGAAGGCGUUCGAGAAGGAGGUAGACAAAUGGGAGAGAACUCUGUCUCUCAUCCUGGAAGUGGUGGAGAUGCUGUUGACAGUCCAAAGACAGUGGAUGUACCUGGAGAAUAUCUUCCUUGGUGAGGACAUCCGUAAGCAACUUCCACGAGAAUCAGCAGAGUUUGAUGACGUGAACGCCAAGUGGAAGAUCAUCAUGACCAGACUCAACAGUGUGAAGAACGCACUCAAGGGGACGCAUCAUCCAGGGAUGCUGGAGCAGCUGAAUGACAUGAACCUGAAGCUGGAGGAGAUACAGAAGUCCCUGGACAUGUACCUCGAGACCAAACGACAGAUCUUCCCACGAUUCUACUUCCUGUCCAACGAUGACCUCCUGGAGAUCCUGGGCCAGUCCAAGAACCCAGAGGCGGUUCAACCUCAUCUCAAGAAGUGUUUCGACAACAUCAAGUCUCUCAAAAUGUCCAAGGCUGGAAUAGCACAGAAGUGGGAGGCAGCAGGCAUGUCGUCAACAGAUGGAGAAUACGUGGAGUUCGGACACUCGGUCUUCCUGGAUGGACCUGUUGAGGCCUGGCUGUGUGACGUGGAGAAGACAAUGAGAUGGACAUUGAAGGAAGUCCUCAAGAACUGCCGCAUUGCACUGAAGAAGAGUCUCACAAAGAGAGACAAGUGGAUCAAGGAGUGGCCAGGACAGAUGUGUAUAACGUCCAGUCAGAUCCAGUGGACGCAGGAUGUGACCAAAGCCUUGACCACUACAAAGGAACGGGGAGACAAGAGGGCACUGAAGAGUAUGAAAAAGAAACAGGUUGCCAUGUUAAACAAGAUGUCAGAAGCUAUUCGAGGAAACUUGACCAAAAUUCAGCGUCUCAAGAUCUUUGCCUUGGUAACAAUCGAGGUCCAUGCUCGAGACAUCAUUGAGAAGCUGACCAAGUCUGGGAUGUUGGAUGUAACUGCCUUCGAGUGGCUCAGUCAGCUCCGAGUCUACUGGGAUAAGGAGAUCGAUGACUGUGUGGUCCGUCAGACCAACACUCAGUUCCAGUAUGGCUACGAGUAUCUCGGAAACUCAGGACGUCUGGUCAUCACCCCUCUGACGGAUCGCUGCUACAUGACCUUGACCACUGCCCUUCACCUUCAUCGUGGCGGUAGUCCCAAGGGGCCUGCAGGUACUGGCAAGACAGAGACCACAAAGGAUCUUGGGAAGGCUCUCGGCAUGUACGUCAUCGUUGUCAACUGCUCUGAGGGUCUGGAUUUCAAAUCUAUGGGCAGAAUGUUCUCCGGCUUGGCACAGACUGGAGCCUGGGGCUGCUUUGACGAGUUCAACCGUAUCAACAUUGAGGUGUUGUCGGUGGUGGCCCAGCAGAUCCUCUCCAUCCUUAGUGCCCUGGCUGCCAACUCACAGAGAUUUGUGUUUGAAGGGCGGGAGAUUGACCUUGUCUGGUCUUGUGGCAUCUUCAUCACCAUGAACCCAGGUUACGCUGGACGUACAGAGCUCCCGGACAACCUCAAGUCCAUGUUCCGACCCAUCGCUAUGGUGGUGCCGGACUCCAACCUGAUUGCUGAGAUCAUCCUGUUUGCCGAAGGCUUCAACAACACCAAGCUACUGGCCAAGAAGGUGUUCACCAUGUACUCUCUGGCCACUCAGCAGUUGUCCAAACAGGACCACUACGACUUCGGUCUGCGAGCUCUGGUGUCUGUGCUCCGAUAUGCCGGCAAGAAGAAGAGGUCCAACCCUCACAUGUCUGAUGAAGAGAUUCUGCUGCUGUCUAUGAAGGACAUGAACAUUGCUAAGCUGACAUCUGUUGAUCUGCCGCUGUUCAAUGGCAUCAUGAUGGAUCUCUUCCCAGGAGUGGAGACACCGGUCGUUGACAACUCCAAGCUAAAGAAGGCCAUCACGGCUGAACUAAAGGAGCACAGCCUGCAGGUGAAUGAACACACAAUUACCAAGAUCAUCCAGCUGUAUGAGACCAAGACUUCCCGCCAUGCCGUCAUGAUUGUGGGCAGCACGCAGGCAGGCAAGACGGUCUACUGGAAGAUCUUGCAGUCGUCAAUGACCAGACUCAACAAGGAAGGUGACACUGGCUAUCAACAAGUUAAGGACUUCCCACUGAAUCCCAAAGCUCUCUCCCUGGGUGAGCUGUACGGAGAGUUUGACCUCAGCACAAAUGAAUGGACAGACGGGGUCUUGUCCAGCGUAAUGAGGCAGACAUGUGCAGAUGAGAAACCAGAGGAGAAGUGGAUCGUAUUUGACGGGCCUGUCGACACACUGUGGAUCGAGAGCAUGAACUCUGUGAUGGACGACAAUAAGAUUCUGACACUGAUCAACGGAGAGCGUAUCUCGAUGCCAGAACAGGUGUCACUCUUGUUUGAGGUCGAGGACCUUGCAGUCGCAUCUCCUGCCACCGUCUCGCGAAGUGGCAUGGUGUAUGCUGAUUACAAAGACCUCGGCUGGCAGCCAUUCGUGGAGUCCUGGCUGAAAAAAAAACAAGAUAAGGCCCUGAUCGAAGAACUUCGUCGCUUGUUUGACAAAUUCGUUGUCAAAAUCCUAGACUUCAAGAAAGCCAACUGCAAAGAGUUGAUCGCCAUUGCUGAACUCAAUGGUGUUUCUUCUCUGUGCAAACUGUUUGACAGUCUGGCAACACAAGAAAAUGGGGUCGACUCGAGCGACACAGAGAACUUUGUCCGUAUGGUGGAGCUGUGGUUCCAGUUCUGUAUGAUCUGGUCCAUCUGCUGCUCCAUUGAUGAGGAUGGGAGGAAGAAGAUUGACAACUACAUCCGUGAAACAGAGGGCACCUUCCCUAACAAAGACACCAUCUACGAGUACUAUGUGGACCCCAAGAACAAGACGUGGGUGCACUGGGAAGACAAGCUCAAGGGCGGAUGGAAGUUUAAUCCAACUCUGCCAUUCUUCAAGCUGAUUGUGCCUACAGUGGACAUGGUGCGCUACGAAUACCUGACUCAGCAUCUCAUUGACAACAACCAUCCUGUGAUGCUGGUGGGCCCGGUCGGCACGGGAAAGACAUCUGUUGCUGAAUCAACUAUUGGCAAACUGGAUGCCAAGGUGUACAGCAUCCUCUCCGUCAACAUGUCCGCACAGACUACAUCAAACAAUGUACAAGACAUCAUAGAGAGCCGUGUAGAGAAGCGUACCAAAGGUGUGUACGUGCCUAUCGGUGGCAAGAAGCUGAUCACAUUCAUGGACGACUUCAACAUGCCGGCCAAGGACACCUUCGGGUCCCAGCCUCCUCUGGAACUCAUCAAACUCUGGUUGGACUAUGGAUUCUGGUACGACCGAACCAAACAGACUGUCAAAUACAUCAAGGACAUGCUGUUGUGUGUUGCUAUGGGUCCACCAGGGGGCGGCAGGAUGGUCAUCUCACGCCGACUACAGAGUCGGUUCAACCUCAUCAACAUGACCUUCCCACAGGAAUCGGAAAUCAAGCGCAUCUUUGGCAGCAUGAUCAACCAGAAGCUGCAGGACUUUGAGGAGGAAGUGAAACCGAUCGGGGACAUCAUGACCCAGGCAACCAUUGAGAUGUACCAGACCAUUGUAGCCAAGUUCCUCCCCACACCCACCAAAAUACACUACCUCUUCAAUCUCCGGGACAUAUCUAGGGUGUUCCAAGGUCUGCUGCGAGCUCACAAGGACUACCAUGACACAAAACAUGCCAUGACAAGAUUAUGGAUCCAUGAAUGCUUCAGAGUUUUCUCUGACCGUCUUGUGGAUGAUAAGGACAUGGAGGCGUUUGUGGCCAUCUUGACGGAGAAACUGGGCAGUCUCUUUGACCAGACCUUCCACAACAUCUGCCCCAACAAACAACCACCUAUAUUUGGUGACUACAUCAACUCGGAGCAGGUGUACGAGGACAUACAUGAUCUGACCAUCCUGAAGAAGCACAUGUUGGAGAUGCUGGAUGAGUACAAUACCACACCUGGGGUGGUCAGCAUGGACCUCGUCCUCUUCAGAGAUGCCAUCGAACACGUUUCGAAGAUCAUCCGUGUCAUCCGCCAGCCCCGAGGCAACAUGCUGCUGGUGGGUAUAGGUGGCAGUGGGCGCCAGAGCUUGGCCCGUCUUGCCGCUCACAUGUGCGACUACACCACCUUCCAGAUCGAGGUCACCAAACACUACAGGAAACAGGAGUUUCGAGAUGAUCUGAAGAAGCUGUACUGGCAGGCUGGGGUAGAGAACAAGCAGACGUUGUUCCUGUUCAACGACACCCAGGUGGUGGAGGAGGGCUUCCUUGAGGACAUCAACAACAUCCUCAGUAGUGGUGAAGUCCCCAACCUCUACAAGCCUGAUGAGUUUGAAGAGGUACGCACUGCUCUGGCGGACGUGGUGAAGAAGGAAGGUAUUGAGGACACGGUACAGAGCGUGUUUGCCUUCCUAGUGAACAGGGUCCGAGCCAACCUCCAUGUCGUCCUGUGUAUGAGUCCAGUGGGAGAGGCGUUCAGGAACCGUAUGCGCAUGUACCCUGCUUUCGUCAACUGUACCACGAUUGACUGGUUCAGUGAGUGGCCGCAGGAUGCCCUGCUGGAGGUGGCCGACAAGUACCUGGCCGAGAUGACCCUGGGCAGUGAGGAAGAGGACAAGCUGAAGCCUUCCCUUGCAAAGAUCUUCUCUGUCAUGCACAAAUCAGUGUCAGAGUUCUCUAAGAGGAUGCUGCUUGAGAUGAGACGGCACAAUUAUGUCACGCCCACCAACUACCUCGAACUGGUGUCAGGAUACAAGAAACUGUUGAAUGAGAAGAAGAAGGAGCUAGGCGAUGCCGCCAACAAGCUGAAGAAUGGUCUGAGUAAGAUUGACGACACGCGGGAGAAGGUGGAGAAAAUGUCGGUGGAGUUGGAGGAUGCCAAGACGAAGGUGGCGCAGUUCCAGAAGCAGUGCGAGGAGUACCUGGUCAUCAUCGUCCAGCAGAAGAGGGAGGCUGACGAGCAACAGAAGUCUGUGGCUCAGAAGGGUGAACGUAUUGCAGAGGAAGAGACUAAGUGUCAGCACAUGGCUGAUCUGGCACAGCAUGACCUGGAUGAAGCCCUGCCAGCCCUGCAGGAGGCCAUCAAGGCUCUGGAGUCACUCAGCAAGAAGGACAUAACAGAGAUCAAGUCCUAUGGCCGACCUCCUGCUCUGGUAGAGAAGGUUAUGGAGGCGGUCAUGAUUCUCCGAGGAAAUGACCCAACAUGGCCAGAAGCCAAGAGACAGCUAGGUGAUGGCAACUUCUUAAAGCAGCUGAUGAACUAUGACAAAGACAACAUCACAGACCGAGUGCUGAAGAAAAUUGGCUCAUACUGCCAGCAGUCUGACUUCCACCCCGAGAUCAUCGGGCGUGUGUCCACCGCUGCCAAGUCCCUGUGUAUGUGGGUGCGAGCUAUGGAGGUGUACGGGCGGAUCUACCGAGUUGUGGAGCCCAAGCGACAGCGGCUACAGGCUGCCCAGUCUCAGCUUAAUGAGAAACAGGCUGCCCUGGCUGAUGCUAAGGCCAAACUAGCUGAGGUGGAAGCCAAGAUGGCAGAGUUGAAGCGUCAGUAUGAUGAAAAGCUGGCUCAGAAGGAGGAGCUGAAGAGGAAGGCAGAGCACACCGAGAUGAUGCUUGACCGUGCGUCCAAGCUGGUGUCCGGUCUGGCCGGGGAGAGGAUCCGGUGGGAGGAGACGGUCAAGGACUUGGAAGAGAGGAUGGGCUACUUGGUGGGGGACUGUCUGAUAGCAGCAGCCUUCCUGUCCUACAUGGGACCCUUCCUCUCCAACUACAGGGAUGAGAUGGUGCAGCUGCGCUGGAUGCAGGAGGUGAGGAAACUUGGUGUACCAUGUGCACCAGACUUCAGCUUCUGUGAUUUCAUGGCCAAGCCGACUCAGGUGCGAGACUGGAACAUCCAGGGUCUGCCCAGCGAUGCCUUCUCCACAGAGAACGGAGUCAUCGUCACCCGCGGCAGUCGGUGGCCCCUGAUGAUCGAUCCCCAGGGACAAGCCAUCAAGUGGAUCAAGAACAUGGAAGUGUCUAGGGGUCUGAAGGUGAUAGAUCUGCAGCAGUCGGACUACAUGCGCACCAUGGAGAGUGCAAUUCAGUUUGGUCUGCCUGUCCUGCUGCAAAAUGUGCAGGAGAAACUGGACCCUUCACUGGACCCCAUCCUCAACAGAUCACUUAUCAAGAUCGGCGGGGCAUACAUCAUACGACUGGGAGACAAGGAGAUUGAGUACAACUACGACUUCCGCUUCUACAUCACCACCAAGCUCAGCAACCCCCACUACACCCCCCAGAUUUCCACCAAGGCCACCAUUGUCAACUUCGCAGUCAAGGAGCAAGGUCUGGAGGCCCAGCUAUUGGGUAUCGUGGUCAGGAAGGAACGGCCAGAACUAGAGGAACAGAAGGACACGCUGGUCAGAAGCAUCGCUGCAGGCAAGAAGAAGCUGGUGGAAUGUGAAGAUGAGAUUCUGAGGUUGCUGAACGAGACCAAGGGCUCCCUCUUGGAUGAUGAACAGCUGGUCAACACACUCCAGACAUCCAAAAUAACUUCCCAGGAGGUGUCCGAGCAGGUCCAGAUCUCAGAGCAGACUGAGGCCAAGAUUGAUGCGGCCAGAGAGGGUUACCGACCAUGUGCCCAGAGAGCUUCCAUCCUGUUCUUUGUCCUCAACGACAUGGGCCGCAUCGACCCCAUGUACCAGUUCUCGCUGGACUCCUACAUCGAGCUGUUCAUCCUGUCCAUCGAGAAGAGUCAACGCAGCUCCAAACUGGAGGAGAGGAUUGUCAAUCUCAACGAGUACCACACUUAUGCUGUGUACAGAUACACAUGUCGGGGACUGUUCGAGAGGCACAAGCUACUCUUCUCCUUCCAGAUGUGUGCCAAGAUCCUGGAACAUGCUGGAAAAAUCAACAUGGACGAGUACAAUUUCUUCCUCAGAGGUGGUGUGGUUAUUGACCGAGACAACCAGAUGGACAACCCAUGUUCUGGAUGGUUGUCGGACAACGCCUGGGACAACAUCACAGAGUUGGACAAACUUGCCAACUUUCAUGGCAUCAUCACGUCCUUCGAGCAAUACCCUCGCGACUGGAACAUCUGGUACACAUCAGCUGAACCCGAGACCUCUCCGCUGCCGGGUGAGUGGGACAACGCAUGCAACGAGCUGCAGAGGAUGUUGAUCGUACGUUCGCUUCGUCCUGACAGAGUCUCGUUCUGUGCCACGUCCUUCAUUGUGAACAAUCUUGGCUCCAAGUUUGUGGAGCCUCCUGUGUUGGACAUGCAGCAGGUUGUGGAGGACUCGACGACGAAGACGCCGCUCAUCUUUGUGCUCUCUGCUGGGGUGGAUCCGACAAGUUCUCUCCUGCAGUUGGCUGAGAGCAGUGGGAUGGCCUCCAGGUUCCAUGCCCUCUCACUGGGUCAAGGUCAGGCUCCCAUAGCAACCAGGAUGAUAAAGGAAGGCGUGAAAGAGGGCAACUGGGUAUUCCUGGCUAACUGCCACUUGUCUCUCAGCUGGAUGCCGCAGCUGGACAAGCUGGUGGAACAGCUGCAGAUCGAGGAGCCACACCCGGAGUUCCGCCUGUGGCUGAGCAGCUCCCCCCACCCAGAGUUCCCCAUCUCCAUCCUGCAGCAGGGCAUCAAGAUGACAACAGAGCCCCCCAAGGGUCUGAAGGCCAACAUGAAGCGUCUGUACAACCUGUUGGCAGAGAGUCAGUUCAACCGCUGCCACAAGCAGGACAAGUACAAGAAGCUGCUCUUCUGUCUCUGUUUCUUCCACUCGGUGCUGCUGGAGAGAAGAAAGUUCCUCAUGCUGGGAUGGAACAUCGCAUACGAGUUCAACGACUCCGACUUUGAGGUGUCAGAGAACCUGCUGAGUAUCUACCUGGACGAGUAUGAAGACACACCCUGGGAUGCCCUCAAGUACCUCAUCGCUGGCAUCAACUACGGCGGCCAUGUGACAGAUGACUGGGACAGACGCUUGAUGCAGACUUACAUCGGCGACUACUUCUGUGAUGCCUCUAUCAGCCAGGCAUUCUACAAAGUGUCUUCACUUGCCACCUACUACGUCCCCAAAGAUGGCCCCCUGUCUUCCUACAAGGAGUACGUCAGCAUGCUGCCCAACAUCGACCACCCAGAGGCUUUUGGCCAACACCCCAACGCAGACAUCACGUCCCAGAUCCAGGAGACGAGGAUGAUGUUUGAUACGUUACUGUCACUGCAACCACAGAUCUCGAGCACGGCUGGGGAGAGCAGGGAGGACAAGGUGCUUGACCUCGCAGCCAAUAUUUUCAAACAAAUUCCUGAGAAUAUUGACUAUGAGGGCACAGCCAAGAUAUUGUCCGUCGAUCCCUCGCCUCUCAAUGUGGUUCUGCUACAAGAAAUCCAGCGGUACAAUCUUCUGCUGGACGAGAUCCGUGUUUCUUUGACAGACCUUGAGAGGGGUAUCCAAGGCUUGGUGGUCAUGAGCUCCGAGUUGGAGAACAUCUUCCAGUGUAUCUACGAUGGCAGGGUGCCGCCAGCAUGGGAGAAGGCCUACCCAUCAAUGAAGCCUCUGUCGGCAUGGACACGAGACUUGGUGAUGAGAGUGGAGCAGUUUGCCAAGUGGGCUCAGACAGCUCACCAACCUACAGUCUUCUGGAUGUCUGGCUUCACCUUCCCCACCGGCUUCCUCACAGCGGUACUGCAGACAUCAGCCAGACAGAACAGCGUAUCGGUUGACACGCUGUCCUGGGAGUUCACAGUCAUGACAGUGGAUGAUUCCAACAUCACUGGACCACCGAAGGAUGGAGUGUUCAUCAAGGGUCUGUUCCUGCAAGGUGCAGGCUGGGACAAGAAGAACGCCUGUCUCAUUGAGGCCAACCCCAUGCAGUUAGUGUGUGCCAUGCCAACCAUCCAUUUCAAGCCCGUGGAGAACAAAAAGAAGACAAGCAAAGGAAUCUACACAUGCCCAGUCUAUUACUACCCAAACAGAACUGGGGCUGCCGGACGUCCUUCCUUCAUCGUGGCAGCAGAGCUGAAGUCCGGUGAAAAGACCGCUGACCAUUGGGUCAAGCGAGGCACAGCUUUACUCAUGAGUCUGGACUACUAGGCACUCACUGACCGAUCAUUACAUCAUUGUGUAACGACAUCUUGCUGAUCUUUGUUCCACUGAAGAGCAGUCAGCUUCAUGUGAUGAUUUCAUCCAAAGACUUUCUCACUUUCUGUGGCUGUGUGCUUGUUUUUGUCGAUUCAGCAUUCCUGUGUGAAAUUGCGUUUCACAUGUAUUCUACAUUUCAAAGUUGUAUCAUUCCAGUUAUUGUAGUAUAUGUGAGAUCAAGGAUUUGUUGCAGUUUAUUGAUGUGAAUAUUUUUAUGUUUUGACAGUAUUGUGAUAUUUUAAAAUCAUUCUUGAACUUGAAACAUAUUUCAGGAGAAAUCAGCUGAUCAAGUAGUAAUAUUAAUGUAUGGCAUUUGCUAGUUUCCUUGUUUUGCAGACAAUGAUGGUUGUUUGAAAAAGCGUGGAAGCAAAUUAAUAAGAAAAAUUAGGAUGUAUUUAAAGAUGAUUUCUUAAAGUCAAAACCUUCAUAUAAAUAUUUUGAGAAAAGAGUAUUAACACAGCACACUUUCAUUUGUAUAACAUGAAAAUUAAUUGGAUAGAUUAGGUUUAAGUGUAAAAUAUUUUUAAUAUUUUAGAAAUAUGAAUGAUUUCUUUUCAAAAGGUUAACUUUUACAAACAGCAUUUAUGACUUGUGAAUGUAUUUUUGUGUGAUAUAUUACAUAAUUAAGUAUUAUUAGUUUUGUUAGUGCAACAAUACUUAUAUGAAAUGCUCACAGAUGUUUGAUGAAUUAACACCAGGAGUUUAACUCCUGUUCCGUCCUUGUUUCUGUCCAUACAUAUGUACAUACUGAAAGUUAUUGUUUAUAAAUUUAUACACAAUGUUAUUUAUUUUCUUUUACAAAAUGUUUACAGCAUUGAACAAAUAUUACAGUUACACUGUAAAAAUGACCAAAAAAAUGGGUUGAAAUAGGUCAGUUGAAACUGAUACCCUGACAAAUAAAAUCAUAAUAACAAUA